CAGUCCAGUCACCACAUAGUUGUCGUGUCCGUCGUUUAAAAUAGAAAUGUCAGAAGAAAGGAAGGCAGAAAACAGCGGUAGUUCAUCGGCUUUGAAAAACUUUAUAGCUGGUGGAGCUGGAGGAGUAUGUCUUGUGGUGGCUGGUCAUCCUUUAGACACGAUAAAGGUGCGUCUCCAAACACAACCUAAAGUGGCACCUGGUGAAUCACCAAUUUUUACUGGAACAUUUGAUUGUGCCAGAAAAACAGUUGCUAAGGAGGGAUUUUUUGGUUUAUACAAAGGAAUGGCUACACCAAUUGUUGGCAUUACUCCACUUUAUGCUUUUUGUUUCCUUGGAUUUACUGUUGGCAAGAAACUUCAAGAAAAAAAUCCUAAUGAGGAAAUGAGCAAUUUUCAAAACUUCAAUGCUGGAAUGGUUGCCGGAGUAUUUACAACUGGAAUAAUGACUCCAGGAGAAAGAAUUAAAUGUCUUUUACAGAUCCAACAAGCAUCUACAGGUGAAGCAAAGUACAAUGGUCCACUUGAUUGUGCAAAGAAAAUUAUUAAAGAAAGUGGCAUACGAGGUUUAUAUAAAGGAACAUGUGCAACUUUAUUAAGAGAUCUUCCUGGUACUGGAAUGUAUUUUAUGACAUAUGAAUUACUUCUAAAGUCAAUGACUCCUGAAGGAAAGACACGUAGUGAGAUAAGUCCAUUAAUGAUUUUAACUGCUGGAGGUUUUGCUGGCAUGGCAAAUUGGUCAAUUUCUAUUGCUCCUGAUACUAUGAAAUCCAGACUUCAGACAGCUCCUGAUGGAACGUAUCCCAAUGGCGUACGGGAUGUUUUUCGACAACUAAUACGUGAAGAAGGUCCUCAAGCUUUAUUUAAAGGAAUAACACCAAUCAUGUUACGAGCAUUUCCAGCAAAUGCGGCGUGUUUUCUUGGUUAUGAAAUGGCAAUGAAAGUUCUUAAUUGGAUAGCACCAAAUUGGUAGUUAAACCUGUGAAAUUAUUCCUUCAUCCAAAGCUUAGAAAAUAUAUUGCACAUAUGUAUUUGUAUUUAUUUUAUGAAUUUUUAUCAUUACCUAAGUUGAAUUGGAGGCGUUUUGUGUACCUUAAUACAAUAACAUGAAGGCAUUUACAUCAAA